CCCGGAUGUCUGGGGGUCCUCAGGAAUGCUCCCCCCCCCCAGGGUUCAAAGGUCACAAGAUGGCGUGGGACAACCUGAGGGUUGUGGUGCUGCUGGCAGUUUUGUCCCUGGCGAGAGGGAACCCUCUCACCCCCGAUGCCACCAGUCCCUUCCAGUAUGACUGGCACCGCCUGCGCGUGGCGGGGCUGGCGGUGGCCGCCGUCCUCUGUGUCAUCGGCAUCAUCGUCCUCCUCAGUGGGAAGUGCAAGUGCCGGAGCAAAGCCAGCCACCGCCGUCCCCCUCCGGAGAUGUCCCACCUCGUCGGUCCCGGAGCCACCAGCACGUGUUGAGGUGUCCCCACGUGUCCCCAACCCCGGGGGGGACCCCGGCAUGCCGGUGACACGCGGAGGAGGGGGGGGAGGGAGGAGCGGGUUUAUUUGGGGGUGGACCCCCCCAAAAAAUCCAAGAAAAGGGGAA